GUGCGUGGUGCUGGCUGGCUUUGGCGCCAAUUUUUGACAUUUCAUCUAGAAAAUUGCGCCAACGCAAAUAUAAUUCCGUCCGAUUAAAGUCAAUUUCAAUAAAAUUCUUUAACUAUCGCACGCAGCACGCAGUUCUCAUCUCAUCCGCUUCAAUUUCUCUCAUUUCACUUGUGCGUGUUUGAGUAUAGCUAGGUUGCGUUGCGUUACUAAGGUAUCCAGAGCUAGACCGACUCGACACCACAGGCCAACUGUUCAAGGAGAGCUGCAAACCUGGUUUCACGGUUUAUAAAGUGUUUUUGUAAUCUUUCCGGAAUGACUCUUUUCGAAAGUCGACCAACCUUAAAAUUCGCACGCAUUACUGAAAAUGCUUUUACUCCACGAAAGGGGUCUGAAAAAGCAGCUGGUUUAGACAUGAAAAGUGCUUAUGAUGCUGUAGUUCCAGCUCGUGGGAAAGCACUUAUCAAAACUGACUUGCAAGUUGAACUGCCACCGGGUUGCUAUGGGAGAGUGGCUCCUCGUUCAGGUCUAGCAUUGAAAAACAGUAUUGAUGUAGGAGCUGGUGUUAUUGAUGAGGAUUAUCGCGGCAACAUUGGUAUUGUGCUGUUCAACCAUUCUGAUGAAGACUUCCAAGUGAAGAAAGGAGACCGCAUAGCACAGCUGAUUUGUGAACGGAUUUAUUAUCCUGAAGUAGAGGAAGUGAAAAACUUAAAUGAAACUAAGAGAGGAGAAAGUGGAUUUGGAUCUACAGGUACACAAUAGUGUAUAAUGUAGGUUGAUUUUGCCCACCCUUUAACAAUACAAUAAACAUAAUAAUUUUUUAGUAUUAAGAAUUUUGUCCGAAAUGAGAACAAAAUAAGGUCAGGACAGAACACAAAUUCAAAUAAAACAACUAACCAUAAUGGUACACCCAAACAUAUUUUUGCAAAAGGAACAUAAUGAAUAUUGAUUAAUUUCUACUCUUUUUCUGAUUUAUGUAUAAAUAUCCCAGCUGGAAGUUUAAUUAAAAAAAAAUUUAUACUAAUAUAUAGUUCACUGACAAUCUCCAAAAACAAGAUGAACUGUGUUUACCUCCCAGAGAUGAAAAUUUUUGUAUACAUACCAGUUUUGGAGGUAUAUCUAAAUACAUACAACUACCUAUUGUAUUUAGACACAAUUUUGACUCCAAUUUGUUCCCCAUAUCGUUUUUCUGCAAAUAUCUUUCAAGUACAGACACUUACAAAAAAAAUCAACUGAUCACCAAGUGAAUAUUAAUGUUAAAAUAUUGUUAUGUUUGAAAUUGUUGUGAUUAUAUCUACUUAUUUCUGCUUAUAAAGCUAAAUAAGUUUAUUAGGUUAAAUUAGAGAUGUAAAUCUCCAUUUAAGAAUCUUAAGUUUGUGGCACCAGUUCCUACCUAAAUAAAACAGUUUCUGUAACA